AUGUCAGGAGCUCCCCCCAGCAUCAAGGAGGACAUAGAAAUGUCUGUGGCCGAGGAGCUGGAUCCUGGAAACCAAGGGCUUAGCCAAGAGCACCUGGUGAAGGCAGAAAUGAUGGAACAUGGAUCCCGCUACUUGGGUGCUUUCCAGCGGCAACAGAAGUUGGAUCCAAAGGCUGUUGGCUCUGCUGCAGGCCAGCCAGUUUGGAAUAUGAUGGCUAGCUGGUCCAAGAUAGUGGGGCCCCAGCUGCCGACAACCAGAAUGCUGAGAGAAUACGGCCAUGGCGAUGCCCAUGCCCAGGAGUAUCCUGGCAGCUUCCAAAACAUAAGGUUCCAACAUGAGCGCAACCCAGAGGCAGAUAUGAUUGCUGAGAUUGGCCUGGAAGAGCUCACUGGGCUGGAGAUGGAAGUCAUGAGAAGACAGCUGCAGGUGAUCACUGAGCGUCUGCGCGCGCUGGAGGACCAGGAUGCCACCUGGCGCCACAGGGAAGCCCUGUUCUUCACCAUGCUGGUGUCUGUCUGCAUCGCCAACCUGUGGCUGUGGAUGCGCCAGUGAUGCUUCAGGCCGCCCUACUGUGCAGCUGGAGCCCUCCGCUCCUCCCCUUCUUCCCUUCGCUCCCUUAGCCGCCCCUGCCCAUCCUCCUUCCAACUCUCAGCAGCCUUUGGCAGCAUCAGAGCCAUUUUCCAACUCUG